UCAACCCUCCUCCACCAGCCCCCUCACGCAAUCCACCACGCAGUCGAUCGUCUGCUUGGUCUUGUCGAUGACACACCGCCCCUCCUCGAGACACGCCACUCGACAGCAGGCCAUGCAUGCGGCCAUCCGCCAGAAGGGGCCCUCCUGGCCACUGUGCACCACCCACACGCCGUCCUCCUGCUGCCGCCAGUACUCGGCCUCGCCGGUGAAGGCGUUGUCGUACACCAGCCGUCCUCGCCGUCCCCCGCCACACACACUGGAAAGAAGCGGGGGUAUUUCUUGUCCUGUUGCUGUAGGUGUGGCGGGUUGGGUGGGCUGGGGGCGUGACGGGCUGGUGGUGCGUGUGUGGGAGGGUGGUGUAGACGUGGCGCAUCUGGGCACAAGUCCCGAAAAGUGGGGUUCCACUGCAGUCAGAGGGGAGAGAGAGAGAGACAGACAAACAGACAGACAGGAGGAGGGAACAUAUGUAUGUUGGAUCAUGUGUAUGCCUUCCUCCUUUAUUUCAUCUGUGUGUGCGCGACGCACUCACCCGCCCCGGUUUGAAACUAAAGCCCAGCAAGCCCUCAAAGGUCUUCGGCGGCAGCCCGUCCCUUUCCCGCUCCUUUCGCUCCUGCACACACUCACACACAGAGACAGAAGGAUUGUCAGGCGCAGUCUCUCAAACAGCUUCCAGCAGGCUAAGUGUCUGUCUGUGUGUGUCGUGUCGGCACGUAUGUCUGCAUCCCUCUCUCUCGGCCUUCCACUCAGACAUGCAUUCACUCACCCAUUCUUGUCUCGCCCUCCACGUGGCGAAGUCCCGCACCUCGGGGGGUGGCUCAGGCCGUAUCACCUCGAUGCCCUGCGCCCCCCACCCCCCACGCACAGAGCCAGAAACACAGAAUGCAGCGCAGCGCCUGACUGGGUGCGAUGAGAUAAGGGCUCACGUAGGGCAAGUCGUAUACGCGCCGCUUCUCCGGGUUGCCCAGCGUUUCGAAUGCCUCGUUGACGGUCUGGGCCAGGCGGGUGCUGUUGGCCUUGUUGGUGGCCGCUACGGCCUUGUCGAGGUGGCCGCCGUGCUUCAGCACACACGACACAGACAGACAGAUAGGCAAACGGACAUGCAGACAGACAGACAGACAGACAGAUGAGAUGGUUGCAUGACUGAUGCACGCACGAAUCGAUCGGCAUUGCAGCGGUGUCUGUCUCCCCUGGCUACCAUCUUCUAGCCCUCAUGCUUGUGUCAUGCGGGUGUCAGCCACUCACUCACCAGCAGGAUGUUGUCGCGCGCCUUCUUGAUCUCAUCUAAAGUGGCGUCUUGGCUGACCCCCAGCAGGGCGUAGUAGCCCAUAGGGUCUCGCUCAGGGCGCCGAUGUAUAUGUGUUGCAGAUGCCUGUGUGUCUUCACAAACCAUGCUCCUCAGCAUGCGCUCGGCCUCUCGCACUUGCUUGAGCUCCUGACGACGAGCACACUGCCUCUUGUACUUCGGCUGCUGGAGAACAUGAAAACUGCCAAUCGUUUUGUGCAUCCUCUUGCGCGCAUGCAGAGCCGUUAAGUACCACUUUGCGACCGGCGCUGCCCUGAUUACACAAAGAAACCAGCCAAUAGGAUGCGAACAGAUGUGUAUGCACACUGGCAGCUCCCGGCUAAGCGACGCACCUCGUCAAUGUCGGCACCUUCGUUCUCGCCCUCCUUGUCAGCUGCGCCAUUCACAUCCUCAUCCGCACCGGCCGCCGUCUAAAUGGAAUAUAAAGGUAUUGGCCAUGGCAGCCAGCGUGUCGUAUGUAAGUGUUUCUGCACCUGCUCCUGUGCUUUUUGGAGGAUGGACGGCAUCUAUCACCCUCACCUGCUGGUUGUUCUGAGCCCUCGACUGUCUGAACAUGUUGGCGAUGUCCUGACCGACGUGCAGGGGGGUGCGGCGCUCGGCAGGGGCAGCCGGGGGCAGCGGCUGGCCGUAGGGGGGCGAGGGGGGGGUGAAGAAGUACGACAGCCUCGGCCACUCGCCCACCGGCACUUCGUCGAGGUACUUGUCAUACAU